AAUAGCCGCCAUCUUUGCUGUUUCCUGUUUGUGGUCGUUUCCUGAUUAUCGUGAAGUGUCGCCAAACAAUAAUCCUGCAUAAAAUUAAGAGAAAAAAAUCAUUGCAUCAAAUGCGUUUUCCAUAACUUUAUCACAUCCUAGCGCUUGCUCAACUAGUAAUAGACAUAAUCUUUCAAACCACGAAGUGGGUGUGAGCACAAGAACACCAGCUUUUCGCAAGACAUGCCGGUCAGAAAACAAGAUGCCCACCGGGCUUUAGAGUUGUUAGAGGACUAUCAUUCCAGGCUAAGUCUUCCACAAGACACUCAGCUCAAGGUUGCCAUAGAGAAGGUCAUCCGAAUUUUCAAAAGUCGUCUAUUUCAGGCACUUCUUGACAUACAAGAGUUCUAUGAGUAUACAUUGUUAGAUGACUCAAAAUCGAUACAACAGAAGACAUUGGAGACCUUACAGAUAGCUAACAAGUGGGAGAGAGAACCACCUAUCACUAAUGCUCUUUCUAAACUUGAGAAAACAGUUUCACCUCCUGAUGAAGAGUUGCCUCCCCCUCCACCAGAGUUACAAAAUAGACAGGUUGAACCAAAGACGAAUGCAUUAGCAUCUGUGUCCCCUGUCAAACCACCAGUUGUUAGCACAUACCAUGAAGACGAUAUUGACAACACUCUUCCACCACCGCCUCAAGGUUCAGAUGCUGGUGAUUCAGAAUAUUUGCAGCUUAUUAAAGGAAUAUGCCGCCUGUCAAAAAUGAAUGGUGAAGGAGAUUGGGAAUAUGAAGAGAUACCAUUGGAAAGAGGAAAUACUGGUCUUGGAUUUAGCAUUGCUGGAGGGGCAGACAACCCACACAUUGGGGAUGAUCCCAGCAUAUUUAUUACCAAGAUCAUACCAGGUGGUGCUGCAGCUGCUGAUGGAAGGCUCAAAAUGAAUGAUGUUAUAGUGAAAGUAAAUGAGACAGAUACAUCUAGUGCAACACACUCAGAAGCUGUUGAUGCUUUAAAACAAGCUGGAACAAGAGUAGUAUUGUAUGUAAAGAGAUUGAGAGCACCUGCUGAAAAUAUUAUGGAACUAGAAUUAGUCAAAGGAAAUAAAGGUCUUGGUUUUAGUAUUGCUGGUGGAAUUGGUAAUCAGCACAUCCCUGGUGACAAUGGUAUUUUUGUAACAAAGAUUAUUGAAGGUGGAGCUGCUGAACAAGAUGGCCGUCUGGCCACUGGUGACAGACUCAUAGCUGUAAAUAAUUCAAACUUAGACAAUGUCACACAUGAAGAUGCAGUGGCAGCAUUAAAAGCAACAGCUGAAGUUGUACGAUUAACAGUAGCCAAGCCAUCUUACCAGCCCGAGCCUACAGAAGAACAAUCUCCACCCUCACCUAGGAGAGCUAACAUUGCUGUAGUUGCUCCAACAUCAAGCCCUGAUAACAGGACUGCCUCUGAUAGCAGGACUGCCUCACAUUCAGAUCAUUCACCUCCUACGCCUCCUGGUAAACCAAACACACACAGUUACGAGGACCUUCCCAGGGAGCCUAGAAGAGUAAAAUUAAAGAAAGGAUCGACAGGGUUAGGUUUUAAUAUAGUAGGAGGAGAGAAUGGGGAGGGAAUAUUUAUAUCAUUUAUACUGGCUGGUGGACCUGCAGAUCUGUGUGGUGAACUCCGCAGAGGUGACCAGAUUCUUACAGUGAAUGGAGAGAACAUAAGUAUGUGUACACAUGAGGAAGCAGCAGGUAUAUUAAAAGCUGCUGGAGACACCGUGGUGUUAGAAAUACAGUACAGACCAGAAGAAUAUAACAGAUUUGAAGCUAAAAUACAAGAUUUACGGGAACAGAUGAUGAAUACUAGUACUGGUAGCUUACGAACAACUCAAAAGAGAACUCUGUUUGUCAGGGCAUUAUUUGAUUAUGACCCAUCAAAAGACAGUGGUUUACCUAGUAAAGGUUUAGAAUUUCACUAUGGUGAUAUUUUACAUGUGACAAACGCCAGUGAUGAUGAAUGGUGGCAGGCUAAACGGGUGAUGCCUGAUGGCGAGGAAGAUGGAAUGGGUAUUAUUCCCAGUAAACGAAGGGUAGACAGAAAAGAACGAGCUAGAUUAAAAAAUGUGAAAUUUACUGGUAGAACUACUUCAAAUGUAGAUAAAGUAAGUGUUAGUCAACAAAGUUUAUCUGCUAACGAUAAAAAGAAGAAGAACUUUUCCUUCUCCAAGCGGUUUCCCUUUAUGAAGAGUAAAGAUCAGAGUGGUAGUGAAGAUAUAAGUGCUGAUGAACGAAUGGGUGAAAAUGAGACAAAUGGGAGAGGAGAGGAACCAAUAUUAUCAUAUGAAGCUGUUGUCCAACAGGAAUUAAAAUACACACGACCAGUGAUAAUACUUGGUCCACUGAAGGACAGAAUAAAUGAUGAUUUGAUAUCAGAAUUCCCUGAUAAAUUUGGCAGCUGUGUUCCACAUACGACACGAUCAAGACGUGACUAUGAGGAAGACAGUCGGGAUUAUCAUUUUGUAGAAUCGAGAGAACAAAUGGAAAGAGAUAUCCAGAAUCAUUUAUUUAUAGAAGCUGGCCAAUACAAUGAUAAUUUGUAUGGUACAAGUGUAGCAUCAGUUAAAGAAGUAGCUGAAAAGGGAAAACAUUGUAUAUUAGAUGUUAGUGGCAAUGCAAUCAAGAGAUUACAAGUCGCUGGACUAUACCCAGUAGCAAUCCUUAUCAAACCAAAGUCUGUAGAAUCUAUAAUGGAUAUGAAUAAGAGGAUUACAGAGGACCAAGCUAAAAUGACUUUUGAGAGAACUCAGAAAUUAGAACAUGAAUUUGGGGAAUAUUUUACGUCUGUUGUACAGGGAGAUACAGCUGUUGAAAUCUACACAAAGGUCAAGGAAGUCAUACGAGACCAGUCAGGGCCAACAAUUUGGGUUCCAGCUAAGGACAAGUUAUGAAAGUAAAUAAGACCUACACAGGCUUAACAUUACUACAGACCCAAGGAUUGUUGUAUGAAUGGUUGUAAACUGAUUGACACAAACUGCCACAUAGUUUGUAGUUGGAAAAUUGUGAUAAAUUUUAGUUUUUACAAUUGACCAAUCAGUAGUUUUCUUAUUUCCUGAUUGUUCCAAGAACAAUUAAAGACAUUUUUGAUUGGUUUUAAGCAAAUGACUGGAAAAAAUUGAUUGGUGUUAAACAUCAUGUAGUUCCUCUAAGGUUCUUACUAUCUGGGGAAAUGCCUGAACUCUCUUAGCUUUUUGCAUCUUUUUGACUCAUCUAGUAUUUGAGCUAACAAAUUCAAAUCUUUAAGAUGUUGACACAAACAUUCUUGCAAAAAGAAUUGACAUCUUACUUGGAAUUUAUUAGAAUAUAAAUUGACUAACAUUUUUUGUGGCAUUAAAGUAUAUAACCUAGGGUAUGCAUGAUAUUUGCAGAAGACAUCUGUUCAAAGUUCUUACUUCACACUAUAGAAAAAUCCUAGAUUUAAUUGAAUGACAUAGAAUGAGAAUUGGUAACGGUUAUUCAAAUUUUACAGUUAUGACUGAUUUUAUAAUUUUUACGCUAGAUAUAAAAAAUUUGAAACAAAAUUUGGAUUGUAAAGGAUUAGUAAAUUCUUACAUGUGAGCAUAUGUUAAAUUGUAUAAAAAAAAAUUAUGUGAGAAAAUAUUUCCUUCAUGUUCUUGGCAGCUUUUUUGUCGACAAUCACAUGAAAUGUCCCAACAGAUACAUAUAAACACAAUGUUUUGUCCGUCCAAACCCUCUUGCAUUUAAGAAUCUCUAAAAGUUUGUUGUUCCCUAUUUGUGUCAUAUCAAUCAGACUAUUGAAUUUUCAAAUCAAAAUGCCCUUUAUCUUGCACUAUGACCUGUAAAGAAAAAAUCUGAUGGUGUCAUCCCUUCCUCUAAUUAAAAAUUUCUAUUAUCUUUCCAUACUUUAAUACUUGAAUGGAAUUAAUCCAGCAAUAUCAUGUGUACCCUUAUCAUUAAUUGUCAGUUGUAGAUUUUCUGGGGAAACUAUUCCAUAAAUUAUUUGUAGUUUUUAGCAUGUAAAAUGACACAAUUUGGGGAAUUUUAAAUUGUGAUUUUGUUUUUUUUGUACAAAUGUAUAUUUUGUUUCUAUAGUUAUUUUAGCUGUAAAUUUUAUCUUUUUAUUGAUUUUAAGGUGUAUUUUUACAUUAUAAUGAAAUAAUUUACCUCCAAAUUGCCAUUUAUACAAGUAAAUAGAAGAUUCUGUUUACAUGUUUGUUAUGCUACAGGUAUUACUCAAGACACUAAAAAUUCUAAGGAUUUUUCUUUUUUAGAAGACUGAAAUUGUAUUAAGAAACAUAUUUAACUUACAAAUAUUACUACCUAAAGUGAUAAAGAAAACAGAUCUUUACAAGGCUUUAACUAGCAUACAUUUUUUUUGCUUUUUACUAGAUUGCUUUCAACAUUUUUGUUACAAAAUGUCAUCUUUGCAGCAGCUUAUUAUUUAUACCAAAUACUUUGGAAAUCAUGAUAUGUUAUUUAAUUCGAUUGUUCUUGCAUUAUAAAUUCUAUUUAUAGUUCCAUUCUAUUUCUGUAUCUUAUUCACACAUUUUCUAUUCUUCUCACCUGGUUCUGUCUUUUACAUAAUUUUUUAAUCCUCAGGUACACACAAGUUUGUUAAAUAUUUUUUUAAUUAACAUCAUCUUCUGUGUACAUUAGUGUAUAAAUUACAAUGUUCAUGCCUAGUGUGCAUAUAAUGAUUUUCUAUCAUGUUAAGUGUGCAUGAAUUGAAUUUUUAAAGAAUAUGUAGAAUUUUGUAUGUUGAUAUUCAUUGCUUUUUUCAUAUAUUUAUGUGACUUUUACACCAUAUUUUAAAACCUUUAUAAAGAACUUAUGAUUUAUCACACUGUAUGUAAUUAAUUUGGAAUGUCAAUAUUUUAUAAUCUAGUGUGUAAGAAUUUAUAAUUGAUAUUUGAGUAAAUCAUAUCAUGAAUACUCCCGAUAUAUCAGGAUGCAUAAUGCUAACAUAAAAUUAUCUUGCAAGUUACAGUUACAAUAUAGUACCCAGUUUAAUAUAAAUAGACACAAAGAAUGAAAUAGUUUGAAAAUUCAAACAAGUAAGUAUUGUAUUAUUUUAUUGGCAAGAAUUUUAAUAAUUUAACAACAAAUAUUUGCUAACUAUUACCUGAAAAACAGAAAACAUUUAGAGGAUUCUUAUUUUGAAUAUUAAUAUUUUAUAUCCAAGUACCAGUACUUGAACGUUAUAUAUAAAAUACAGACAAAUUUCAUAACAAUUACCGUAAACUAAAUAUUUAUCUCAGCUAGUUGAUAUUUUUAUUAAAUGGAUAAUUUCUUUUUGAAUUUGAAGCUGGCUUCUAGUUGCUGUGUAGUGUUUUAUAUACAAACCAUGUAUAUUUCUAGCUUAUCAUUUGUAUCGCCAUGUGAGUCUUCCUUGUUCACCAAUGCACUAUAGAGAAAGCUGUCACAAAAUUCUCAUGUACGCGUUAGUUUAAAGAGAUACGUCUAGUUUGGAAAUAUAUUGGAGCCAUGAUGCUUUAAACAACUUUUAUAGCAGUAUUUUCAUAAAAAUAUAUUACAGGUUUAGUUUAAAUGAAUUUGUUAAAUAACUCCAUCAUGUGAUAUCUAAUGUAAAUUCACCUCGAUUCUGCAUGUUAAAUUAACAUGCACACUUGCCCAUAGUUGUAAAUUCAUGUCUGAACCUAGUCCAUAUCAUGAUAUUUCACUGUUCAUAAUUUAUAUCAUAAUUAAUUCAUCAAAUUUAAUAGGAAGCAAAAGUUUAGUAGGAAUGUAAUGUUUGUACUAUUAAGAAUAAAUAUGUUUACGAAAAGAUAGAUGUUUUUCAUCUCACCAGCCAUUGAAAGUUGCAGAAAAACUUAUAGAAGCUUUAAAUUCAAUACUCAGAUACAUGCUUUUGUCUCCUUCUGACUUUUUUCUUUUGCGAAGGAAAUGGAGUAAUAUGAUUAAGUUGAUAUUCCUCUUGGAAAGCUUUCUCUGGCACCUUUAAACUUUAGAAAAAAGAACAAUGUAUUUAUAGUAUUGAAGAUCUGAAUUGCUUGCAGUACUAUAUGGUCAUGUGUGCUUUAGUACAGUUAUUUUAUCGUGUUUUGAUGCCACCUAUACACAUCCAUUUACAGUCAACAAAAUAAAGUGCAAUACGUAACAGCAAUGAAGCUUGCAUCCACUAUUAAAGUUGAUAAUUUUAUAAGUAUAAAGGAAAUAGAAACUAAACCCAGUGAAUAUUUAAAAAAAGACAUUAUUAUUUAUUUAAUUGGUGACUAUGAAUUAAGAUUAUAACUUUGUAAUUGACUUAAUUUUGUAUGUAAUUGGCAUUGUGAGACUUUAUAGAUUUUUCGUGUUACAGAAAUGUUUCUGUAGUAUGGAAGUAUGGUGAUAGCAAAGAUAAUAUAUAAACAUUAUAUCACACUAAUCAUUCUUUCUUAAGAACAGUAUAAAAAAUUAUCAAACAAAA